AUGUCGCAGAGCAGCAAAUCAGCCGCACAGUCGGCUGAUCGUGGCGUUCGGUUAAAGCAACAAAUAUCCAUUUUCGAAGCUUGUGGAAUCAUUGUUGGAAUCAUUGUCGGUUCAGGUGUUCUAAAUGAGACGGGAAGUGUUGGUAGUGCGUUAAUAGUAUGGGUAUUAUGUGGAAUGUAUGCACUACUUGGAGCGUUAUGUUAUGCCGAAUUAGGAACAACAAUACCGAAAAGCGGUGGUGAUUAUGCUUAUAUCUAUGAGGCUUUUGGUCCUUUGCCGUCGUUUCUUUUCCUUUGGAUAGCGCUUAUAAUUGUAAAUCCAGCAUCGAAUGCUGUUUUGGCUCUAACAUUUGCUCAUUAUGCCACUAAACCGUUUUUUAAACAUUGCGAUCCAUCAGAUUUCGCAGUUCGCUCUCUUGCAGCGUGUACCAUAACUUUGCUAACUGCGAUUAAUUGCUAUAGUGUAAAAUGGUCAACGAGAGUACAAAGUAUUUUCACUGCUGGAAAAAUUGCUGCUCUUGUUGUGAUCAUUUUUGCUGGGAUCUUUUGGUUGUUGAGAGGAAACACAGAGAAUUUUGAGGUGUCUGAGCUUUUUUAUGGAACGAAAUUCGAAAUUGGUCAAUUGGUACUUGCAUUUUAUUCUGGUGCAUUUUCAUAUAGUGGCUGGAAUUAUUUGAAUUAUGUGACAGAAGAGUUGAAAGAUCCAUAUAGGAAUUUACCAAUGGCAAUAUUAAUUUCAAUACCUGUAGUCAUGUUUAUCUUUGUUUUCGUUAAUAUUGCAUAUUUCGCUGUUAUUCCUGUCGACGAAAUAAUGGAAUCGGCAACAAUUGCUAUAACUUUUGCUGAUUAUGUUCUUGGACCUUUGUCAAAAGUAAUGCCAUUUUUUGUUGCAAUAUCGUGCAUUGGCGGACUCAACGGAAGUAUAUUUACAUCGAGUCGAAUUUUUUUUGUUGGUGCAAGAGCCAAACAACUUCCCGAAGUUUUGGCCAUGAUAAAUAUUGAUUAUUUAACACCAAUGCCUGCUUUAAUAACUCUCGGUAUUUUAUCUGUUCUGAUGUUAGUUUCAUCUGAUAUAUUUGUCCUUAUCAAUUAUUUAUCAUUCGCUGAGAUUGGUAUUAUUUCUCUUUCAAUUAGUGGGCUUAUUAAGAUGCGGUUCACGCGUAAAGAUCUGGAACGACCAAUUAAGUUACAUUUGGCAUUCCCAGUUAUAUUUUUGUUGCUAUGUAUUCUCCUGCUUACUUUACCAUUCCUAAGUCAGCCUACGGAAUUAUUCAUCGGUGUUGGAAUCAUUUUAUGCGGAAUUCCGUUCUAUUUCUUAACGAAAUGGGAUAAGCCUCAAAAAUUAUCUAAUUUUUCUGGUACUUUUUGUAUUUCUAUUUAA